AUGUCGUUGGUUUCUAUUGUUGGACUAAACAAAGCGCUUCCCUUUCAGGGUGCUCUCAGCAUGACGACCCGUGGCUUUCGUGCCGCGCGUCCCCUGGCUGUUAACGCCAGCAAGCCCCGCUCGUUCGGUGGUCCCUUGAUCCAUCCAGGUGGCUCCUACAUCAAGGGCACUGUCAACGACCCGGCGGAAUACCCUGCACCUAAUGCAGCUCAUGGCUCUUAUCACUGGGUCUUCGAGCGUGUGAUUGCUGUCUCUCUUAUUCCUUUGUUUGCUGCAGCCACUGUGAAGCACGGUGCUUGUGGUAUGCUUGACGCCAGUCUGAGCGUUGCGUUGCUGCUGCACUCGCACAUGGGCUUCGAGCAGGUCUUGAUUGAUUACGUGGAAAAGCGCAAGUUCCCCAAGGCCGGACCGAUUGCCAAGUGGAUCCUCCGCGCUGCUACGCUGACGGCCGCUGUUGGUCUCUAUGAAUUCAAUACUAACGAUAUCGGUAUUACGGAGCUGGUGGCCCGGCUGUGGACUGCCUAA